CAAGCAAUUAAUCGCUGUGGGCUUCUCGUAGCAGACGAAGACAGCUUCCAGUUCCGCAGCUUCGUCUCUAGCUAUGGCGGUGUCGUCGUCCCUCUCUGCUGUUCUCGUGCCCUCGCUGGUCGCAUGCUCGUCGGCAGGCCUUCAAUUUUCCUCCAAAUCCAGUGUCAAUGUCCAUUCCUUCGCCCGAGGUGAGAUUCUCGGAAACGGGCUAAAUGUUUCAGUAGCUGCUGCACGCCCGCAGUCGUCUGCCGCUUCCACUCGGCUCUCGUCUGUCGCUCCUACGUGCAAGCUGGCCGUGGGUGACCCCUUACCUCCACUAUCUUUGAAAGACCAAGACGGUCGCGAGAUCAAGCUCUCCAAGUUCAGGGGCCGACCUCUGAUUCUGUACUUCUAUCCUGCCAACGAGACUCCUGGCUGUACGAAACAGGCUUGCUCCUUCCGAGACUCCUAUGAGGACUACAGGAAGCUUGGUGCGACCGUUGUCGGAGUUAGCGGAGACUCUCCUGAGUCUCACAAGGCUUUCAAGGCAAAGUACAACCUCCCUUACACGCUUCUCAGCGAUGAAGGCAACAAAGUAAGGAAGGCAUUCGGUGUGCCAGCUGAUUUCUUCGGCGCUCUGGCUGGGCGACAAACUUACGUAGUGAACAGGCAGGGGAUCAUCACCCUGAUUUACAACAACCAAUUCCAGCCGGAGAAGCAUGUCCCGGAGACUCUUAAAGUAUUGCAAGCUUAGUUACGUUAUGUAGAUUUUGAUCUUUGUACUCAUGUGGGAGAUCAUGUAUAGUCAUUCUGUAUUUAGCGUAUGGAGUAUGAUUCUGUGCAUCAAUCGAAUGCAGGAGCCUCUGAACAUCGUACAACGGCAUUCCACAUGCAAAGCCUAGUUUGAAAUCCAUUUUGUUUUUUUUUUUCAACCAAA